AUGAGGCUCAGUGGCCACGUUUUCUUUCCACCGCUCCGCCCUGAAAACGUUGCAAAUAUCUCCGAAAAGAGAUUUUCUUUUUUCGUUUAUUUUCUUUUUUCAUUCUUUCUGGGUUUUCUUUUUCUUUUUCCGUUCAUUUUUAAAUUUUUAAUUUAUUUUUUAUUCAUUCUGAUUUACAUUUCCUUCAUUUUUCUUCUCUACCGACGAUUUUAUUCCCCACCUUUUUUCAUUUUCUUUUUUUCUUUCUUCAUUGUUUUCAGUCAUUUUUUUUUACUUCUUUUUUCUCGUCUUCUUCUUCUUCUUCUUCUUCUUCUUCUUCUUCUUCUUCUUCUUCUUCUUCUUCUCUUUCCUCUCAUUUUCCUCCUCCUUGUCCUUUCUUUUCAUUCUCAUCCUCCUUCUUUUUCAUUUUCUCUUCUUUUUUUUCCUCUUCUCCCUUCUAAACAUUCUAUUCUUCUUCUUUCUCCUCUCCUUCUUUUUCCUCCUCUUCCUCCGUUUUUUUCUUUUUCUACUAUUGCUUUAUCUCCCGAUCUUCCUUUUUUUCUUUUCUUUUUCCUCCUCUUUUUCUCGUUGUCCUUUUCUUUGUUCUUCUUCUUCUUCUUCUUCUUCUUCUUCUUCUUCUUCUUCUUCUUCUUCUUCUUCUUCUUCUUUCCACUUUCUAUUCUUUCCUCUCAUCGUGACUUCAUUCUUUCGCUCAUUCAUCGUUUUUCCUUUACAACGUCUUCUCAUUUUUCCUUCACCAAUCAGUCAUUCCUAUUCUUUUUCUCUCCUCAAUUGUCUUGUUUUCUUUUUCUUUUUUCUUCCCCUCCAAUUCAUUCAUUUAGUUUACUGACACAAAAAACUUUUCUCAAUUAUCAACAACCUAUUUGUACGCUCUCUCUCUUUCUCUCUCCCUCUCUUUCUCUAUCUCUUUCUCUGUCUUACUCGCUCUCUCCCUCUCUUUCUCUCUCUCCCUCUCUUUCUCUCGCUCUCUCUCUUUCUUUCUCUCUUUCCCUCUUUCUUUCUUUCUUUCUUUCUUUCUUUCUUUCUCUCUUUUUCUCUCUCCCCCACUCUUUCUCUCUCUCUUUCUCUUUCACGCUCUCUCUCUUUCUCUCUUUUUCUCUCUCCCCAUCCCCAUCUCUUUCUCUUUCUCUCUCCUCUCUAUCUACCACUCUUGCUCUCUCUCUUAACGUCCUCUCUUUCUUUCUUUCUUUCUUUCUUUCUUUCUUUCUUUCUUUCUUUUCUUUCCUUCUCUCUUUCUUUUUCUCUCUUUCUCGCUCUUUCUCUCUCACGCUCUCUCUCUUUCUCUCUCUCCCUCUCUUUCUCUCUCUCCCACUCUUUCUCUCUCUCUAUCUUACUUGCUCUCUCUCUCUCUCUCUCUCUCUCUCUCUCUCUCUCUCUCUUCAUUCUCGCUCUGUCUCUCUGAAUUUCUUUCUCUCUGACUCUCCCUACGUUUUUUCUCUGUCCUUCUCUCUCUCUCUCUCUCUCUGUCUCUCUCUCUCUCUCUUUCUCUCUGGGCCUCCCUCUUUCUCUUUCUGUACGUCUAUUUGUGUCUCUCUUUUUUGCUGCCUCUGUGUUUCUGUCUAUCUGUGA